AUGCCCCAACUCCGUACCCCUGUCUUCGGGUGUAUGCCAGACAGGAAAGUCUGGCGUUGGCCAGCCCCCUGCGGCUCCGUGCAGCAGGAGAAGCCUCGGGCCUGGCCUGUGCACUCGGGACGUUCCAGCCUUUACAACCGCCUGAGCCAUUGCCUUGUUGGAAAGCUCUCUAUUUUGAUGUCCCCCUGGCGGACAUCCCAGAAGCAGAGCGCCUGCCGCGACGACGGGGUGCUUGCUCCCCAUUUGACACUCGCCUCGACUUGGAGCAGGUCUUCCGGGGUCGGGGCAGGGCUCCGCAACAUGGGGGACACCUGCUACGUGAACGCGGCGCUGCAGUGUCUGACGUACACGCCGCCCCUCGCCGACUACAUGCUGUCCCGGGAGCACGCCGCAAGCUGUGAGCAGCAGGGCUACUGCGUGCUGUGUGCAAUGCAGGAUAACAUCACCCGAGCCCUCAGCCAUCCAGGUGACGUCAUGGAGCCCUCACACGCGCUGGCUAGAGGCCUCCAUAGACACCAACAGGAAGACGCCCAUGAAUUUCUCAUGUCCGCUCUGGACGCCAUGCAGAAAGCCUGCCUGCGGAGCCACAGGCACUUGCGCGGCCUCUCCGAAGACACCACCCUGAUCCGCCGAAUCUUUGGCGGCUACUGGAGGUCUCGAAUCCAGUGUUGCCACUGCCAGGGAGUGUCAGACACCUUCGACCCUUACCUGGACAUCACCCUGGAUAUCCAGGCAGCUCAGAGUGUGAACCAAGCUUUGGAACAGCUGGUCACGGCCGAAGAGCUGGAUGGUGAAAAUUCCUAUCAGUGUAGGAUUUGUCAGAGGAAGAUGCCCGCUUCCAAGACGCUGACUUUGCACACUUGCCCCGAGGCCCUCGUCCUUGUACUGAAACGCUUCUCAGACCUGAGCGGUGACAAAAAUGCUAAGCAGGUGCGCUACCCUGCGAGUCUGGACGUGAGCAGAUGCCUGUCUCGGCAGGACGGAGGACCGGCUGCUUACAGACUCUACGCAGUGCUGGUCCAUGUUGGGUGGACUUGCCACACGGGCCACUACCUCUCUUACGUCAAGGCUGGCAACGGCAAGUGGUACCGAAUGGACGAUGCCGAGGUCUCGGCAUGCGAUGUGACUUGUGUGCUGAGCCAACAAGCCUACGCCCUGUUUUACAUCCACCAGAGCGAGUUGGUCAGAGGGAGUGGGGGUGUGGCACGGGGCGGCGCAUCAGGAGGCCACGGGAUGGAGGCCGCGGACGAGGGGCCUAGGCCAGGGGUGCCCGAAGGGGACGCCAAAGUCAACGUUGUAGCCGCGGACGAGGAGCAACUGGGAGGACCAGCCAGCCGACAAAUGACCUUGGAGGAGUGGAAAAUCCUCCAAGCGCGAGACCGACUGAAGCCCCAGUUCAACAUCAGGGUAGUAGAGAGUGCACUGCCUUCCAACGCAGUGGUCAUUCACAAGCCGAAACCCAGGAGUGGGGUGGCAAAGGAUCACGGGGAGCAAGAAGGCCACCGCCUGAAGGAUCCGGCCAGGGACAUCCCCGCUCGGGUGGCCAUCCACUGUGGCAAUGACGUCUUCCCACGCAGGGAUGUCAGAGGUAGCAAGAAGAAGAGGAAGAAGAGAGGGAAGGGUACCUGGUCACUCGAUGGAUUCCAGUAG